AGUUAUCGUCUCUGGUUGGGUGUCCGGUAGUUCCUCCUGGGUUUGAGUUGUCUGGGAAACCCGCCAUGUACGGGCUCUGCUUUUCAAGGAGGUUUGCUGAAUAAACAGUGCUGAAUAUUUGGCUUGUUUAGCUCCUAGCGAUAGAUGACGAGCUAGCCGACCGAGUACCUCGCGUUUAAAGUCAGAUAUAAUCCGGUGAAGGUUGACCUAAAAUCCGACAUGACCCAACAAGCUGCGGCUCUGCAGACCUACAACAACGAGCUGGUCAAAUGUAUUGAGGAGCUUUGCUCGAAGCGGGAUGAGCUGAACCGACAGAUCAAACAGGAGGAAGAGGAAAAGGAGCGGCUGCAGCACGACAUCCGUGUCCUCUCGGAGAAGCUGAGCCGAGUCAACGAGAGCCUGACGCAGAGACUCGCCGCACGCGCCACCUUCGACCGCACCAUCGCCGAGACGGAGGCUGCAUACACCAAGAUAUUGGAGAGCUCCCAGUCUCUCCUGAGCGUCCUAAAGCAGGAGGCAGGAAACCUCAGUAAAGCCACGGAGCCUCGGAGGACAGAGCACUGAAGGCGAGGAGCAAAACUGUGCACCUGACCUCACCUGACUGUGGCUUCUGAGGCAGUUUAUUCCCCACUUUGGACUAAUUUUUAAUAUAUUUAAACCUUUGUUGUAAGUUUCUGGAUUCAAUAAAUGUAUUUCCUAACAUUUUUUUGUGUUAAAUCUCCAAUUUGUUUGUUUUGCUUGUUGAGUGAGAGGCAUAGGCAUAGUUCUCAUUCAGCUUAAUUGGCAUUCUCCAGAGACCACCAGCAGAGUCUGGAGAUGCUGUGGCAGACUUCACACCGUAUGACAUGUGAUGGGUUUGGCAGUGGGUCAAUUGGUAUUUUGGGAAAGCAUAUUGUUGGUGAAUGCCAGUGUCAAGUAGAGUGGUGACUCCUGGGAUCUCUUCAACACUCUGCCAUGACCAGUUGGGGUGAGGGGAGGAAGACUACCUGUGCAAGUUGAGAGCGCGAUGGUUUCUACUGUUCACCAAACAAUUCCUCUUCUUUUGGGGGACGCUGUCGCCUCUUUAGUGCACCUUUUGUCACCUUUAUUCUGUUUGCAUGGCUCCAAAAGGGCUGCUUCUACCCACUGAGGUUUUUUUUUUCCUAUUUGUGUUCUAGAUUAAUGUCCUUGUUUUGUUGUGUAUAAAAAUGUUUGUUCCCAUGUGGUUCAUCCACCACUUUAGACUUAUUAGAACUGAGAUUUCUAACAGGUUUUGUUUUUUUAAGGGAUUUAAGCUUGUUUUUUCCCCAUCAGACAUUCCCAAAUAAUAAAGUAACCCAUAUGCGUAGAAGUCAUACUUGCCGCAUAGUUUAAUUCAUAGACAAGAAAGGCUAGAGCACUCGCAUUUCUUCAAGUCUUCUAUUUAUUGAGCUUUCAUUUGUACAAGUAUGACAUCACUUUUUUUUUUUUUCCACUUGCCCAAAUCAUUGACAAUAACUUUACAGUAAGCACAUCUGCUGCGAUGUAGAUUUACAGACGAGAGGAGGGUGGAAAGUAAAAGAUGAGCAAGCUUUCUACCACAGUGUUGCUACAGAGUGACCAACACAAACUGCUCAUUUUGCAUCGGGCAUAGACAAAGACGGGGUUGGGACACUGCGGCAAGAGUCGGUGUGUACACUUCAGAAGCGCUAAAGUUGAGUGGUGCGUCUCUGGCCAUCAGAAAAGUUCUUGCUGGUGCCAUUUAAGACGAGAUCAGUGAAGUUUGCCCACAGUUUGGUCCUUCAGUUCACAGAGAGAGCAAAAAGAGUACCGCAGAGUGGGUUUUGGUCAACAGAGGCAGCAGUUACCACAGGUUGAUGGAUCCACAGGUGUGUCAUGUGACCAUUAGCCACAAUUCCAAAGGAGGUCCAAGCAGGGCUCAGUUAAAGGGGACCCGCAAUGCUUUUACGGUCAUAAACUCUGAGAGACACAAGUUUGUUUAAAACAUUCAGUUUCUGGCAGUUUUUUCUACUCUUGGUUCUAUUUGAUAUCAGAAAGCAUGGAUAUCACUAGUAUGGUCAUCUCAAGCACAGAGGCCCCUCCCACCUGUGGUUGCUUGUGAGGGGCAGCCAAUCAGAAGUAAGCUGCAGUUAAAUCAGCUCAUUUCAGACUAAGAAUUACUUUAACCUCUCUAUCAUGCACAGCUAUUCUGGUAGGGUCCACAAAUAAGAAUAUGGAAAUGAGCAUUAUGGGUCUCCUUUAAUCAGUGUGUUUGGAGGAUUUAUAUCCAUGCCUACAAAUCACGCAUACUUAACAUUUUUUGGUGUUUUCGUUUACAUACCCAAGAUUUUUGUGUUUCAAGCAGUUUUCAUUCAUUUCCUCUCAUAUGAUAGAGCACUCUGUAAACACCACAGUGAACAACAAGUUUCAAUCAGUGGUCCUCGCUUUUUCUGAGGUGAUCCUUGAUUAUCUGUUGUCUUUGAUCAUGAGACGCACCGUAGUCGAGUUUCUGCAGAUUGUGUUUGCACAGCUACAAGUGACAGGGAAUUGUCGAGUGUAUUGGAGGAUAUUGGAGAGAUUAUUGGGUUAGCAAGGUAUAAUCCAGCGUAGUUUUUAGUGUUUUCAGAGGUGGCUUUCUUUUAGUAACAAAAGCCAGACACAUAACCCAAUCAAGAGCAGCCAACCUCACGAGUUUUGAUUUCAGAAUUUACUGAUUCACUUUUAGGCUUUAUUUCCCUGGCAUGGAGGUUCAAUGGGCUAAAUUUGGCUUUUUGCUCUUGAACUAGGCUUAAACUAUAUCUGGUAAACUAAAUUUAAAGGUGAUCUGUAUUCCGAGUUCAUAUAUUUUAUACCUUCAAUCUUGUGAGUGCCAUAUUACCACUACCACUGAAUGAAGCCCUGUUACAGCAAGUUACAGCAGCACAAACUGUGCAUUUUCUUCUAGCAGGAAUUUGCACAGAUUUGGUUGGUGAUGGAAAAAACUGAUUUCCUCUUCUAUUACUUCAUCGGGCCGAGUACCCUUUAAUGUUUAAAUGAUUUUCUGCAGAAAGGCUCUCUUGACUAAGCAGCACCAGGGAAGACUUCUGGGUCUUUUUGUAAGUUUUCUCUCUUUUCAUAUCUAAAAUAUCAGCAGGAUAUGCUCAAUUGAUUGAUUUUGUGCAGAAUGAAAGCCAAAGUGUGUCCAAUGCCUCCUUGUACGUGAGUGCACACACAGGCUGAAGCAGAAAGCUUGGACUAAUAAAGGAAGCUGAUAACUGCUGUUGUGAAAGCUUUUAUCGCUUGAUUGGGAAUUGAGGCUUUGUCAAGCCACAUAACACAAAGAAAGUCCAGCUAUUUUGAACCAGACCAAGUAAAAUGUAUACUGCAAUAGAUGGAAAUGUGUUCAUUAUUACUAACUUUUUGCCAGUUUGAGACCUUUUCAGAGAAAUGUAUUGAAGGUCAAAUCCAGCCAUGCUAAAGUUUGGAGAAACAAUAACAGGGCUCACUGUUCAAUGUGAUGUUUUCUGGUAAGCUGAUAAUCAUACCACAGGAAAUUUAUUGAAAAAAAAAAAUUUACAUUCAGUCUUCUGAAACAGAAGCAGUGCUGAGCAGUCACAUUGAGCGCAUGAAGUAAACAUCCAAAGUUCGUGGUUCUUUCAAAUCGGUGUACACCAGCAGGGGGUUGGAGAGAUUUUGUAGGCGGACAAAGAUGAAGUCCCUGUGGACCUGUGUGGCGAAACUGCACUUCGGGCUGCUGUUUUUGGUCACAGUGACAAGGCCAAACAAUCGUAAGACUAGAGUGGCAAUAGAAAACAAAGUGGUCAUGGCAUUCAUCGCGAUGCAUUCAAUUGUGUGUGGCUGAAGAGUUUCAUUUCAAAUUUUAAUUCAUUCAUGCCGACUGAGACAUGGGAUUGAAAUUAGAAAUGCACAGAUUAUCCCCACCUUUUUUCUUUCAGAAUAUCUAAAUAUCAAUCAGUGCAAUCUAAACUGAUAUAUCAGUCCACCCCAAUCAAAAGCCUGACUUAGACUUAAGUCAGGCUUUUCUUUGAAAUGUAACUCUUCAACCAAAUUUAGGUUGGUGACAAAUUAAAGGAAAAGCCUGAACCCUUUAACCCCAUAUAUGCCCUCAGGGGGCAAUUUUGCUGGCAUGGUUGAUGGAAGUGGUCUCUUACAGGAUGAUAAUGCCCUUCCCCGAUCUUGAAAGGAAACAGGUGGGAUGUCACUGAAUGGAUUAAUGAGGAUGACAUCAUUAAGAAUCAAGUGCUACAGUCUCCAACGUGUUAGAUGACAUCAUCGUGUUUUGGAGGCACGUCAUUGAGACGCUUUUAACCUUCUCCUCUAAUUUGUCACCAGUCUGUAGGCUUCUCGUUCUUUUAAGUGCACAUUUCCUCUACAGCCCACUCUUACUUCCUCAUGAGGUGCAAAACAAAUCUAAAAGCAUGACAGUGCAAAGACAUCUAUCAACCAAGACUCCCGGACGAAACAUAAGUUGUAAAUCCAUCAGAGAGAAAGACAAAGCUCCUGAUGGCAAAGAAAAAUUGCAUCUGAUUGGAGAAAUAAAAUGUAAAAAAAUACAUGAAAUAAUAAGCAGAAGAGAUGAAUCCCAGUGGAGACAGUACAACAAUACUGGCCGAAGAGUGGAUGAGAGGCCUUUACAGGAACUCUUUAAUCAGUUGGCAUUAUGAGCAUAUAAAAAUAUGAAUAAUAAU